GUCUCAGACAUUCCGCCUCUAUGCCUCCAUAUCUCAGUGCGUUUUCCCCGAGAACAGGGGCAUUGCCCUGUGGAACCCCUGCGGAACCCCUGCGGCCCGUGUGCGGCGACGGAACAGGUUGCCGCUGGUCUUGUCUGCGGGCUGUGUGUUCACGGCAGCGGUCGUCCUGACGUGGUCCGGGGCCACCUGUGUCAUCCAGGCGUCACGAGCCCUCCCGUGCUACAUCCCCCAGGCUGCUCUCUCGCGCGCCCACGGCUCAGAGCGGCACCGGAGGCGCACGGAUUCUCCCGGAAGGGACUGGCCCAGAGACUGUGCGCUGGUACUCGGCCCUGUCCCCGUGGGACAAGGAAAUGCUGCCUUCCUGUUUGUCCCAGAGGUCCCUUUCAGCUCUGUAGCAAGUUCCGGGCACACAGUAGGCACUUACUGCGGUCCAAGUGUGUCUGCCGCACGCCCGCGUGGACACGGUUGCACGUGAAGGCUGGGCUGCACAGAGGCGGCCCCGGUCACGUGCAGAGCUGGGGGCUCCCGACUGUCUGUGCCGGUGCGUCUCAAAGCCCAGCUGCACGGUGAAAGUCACCUAGUUUCCCGGAGCUGUUCUGGUCCUGCUGCGGAGCCCUGUGCAGGCUGGGACUGACUCUCAGAUACUCUCGAGAUCCUCCCCUCUUGUUCCAGGAAUACGCAAAAGUCCUGGGGUUUGGGUGUCAAACGACCGCAGCAGUCACAUCUGGGCAGGCUGAGAUGCCCUGUGCUGUCCUUGUGGUCCCUUCAGGGACUCACUGUUAGCCUUGCUGGGGCUCUGGGACUCCGGGCAGUGCCCGAAGGCCUUCGUUCCUCUCUCUCCCCCUCCCCUCCCUUCUGGAAAUAAGCACCCCUCCCCAAGACUUCAUGAUUUUGCAAGGGACAAGAGUGAGUAGACUUUACCAGCUUUCUACGCAGGCAGCACCGGGGCGGGGGUGCCUACCCUCCCAGCCAGCAGCUCUCCCUUCAAGGAGGAGGGCCACACAGGAGAGCAGCCCACGAAAACCGCAUUUCAGUGAGCUGCCCUGCCUUCAGGAGGGGUCUUGGGGGGUCGGGAUGGUGGGGGAGGGAAGUGGGUAGAUUUUCACGUGGGGCAGGCAGGCGGCUGGGCACUGCCCAGCAGUGUGAGAUGCGGGAGCCGCCUCCCCACACUUCAUUCCAACAUUGCCCUCUCCUCCCUACCCCACAGAAGGGAGCCUGUCACCCUAAACCGCCCACAAGCCUCCAGUAAGCCAACCCAGGCCCCGCCUGCCCAUGUAAGUGGAACUUCAGAGUGGCCGAGCUCUGCCAUGAAAAAAUCAUGAGGCUUCCCAGCCCCGGGCCUGUUUUCAGGAACAAUGCAGCAGGCUGGGCCCUGGGCGCUGGCCAAGCUGGACCCCAGGAGCAGAAGCUGGGCCUGGGAACAGGGAAAUCACGGCCUUUGGUCUGGGCCCAGCAGGAAAGCCCUGGCCUCACCCCAGGGAGGGGCAGAGGAGCCCUGGGGGCAGAGGCCCAGAAGGGCACCGGCCAGAGUGGUCUGGCCAUGGGAUGGCACAGUGCCUGGGACCCAGUGGGACAGGAAGGCGGGUGAGAGCCACAGCGCCCCAGCGGCUGGGGGGGGGGCCAGGAAGGCGGGGGUGGAGCACUGGGGAUUUCCUCUGUGUGAAUUCCCAGAGACUCACUGGCCGGUGGGGAAGGAAGGGCACAGCUGGCAUUGCCCACACGGGGCUCCAGGACAGGUGCGGCCUGGGGACAUCCCUCCGUCCUCAGCCAUUUCCCAGUUUCCAGGGCUCCAGGCCAGCCCAAGUGGGGAACCACCCCCUCCCCAGCCAGCACCCACAUGGGGCCCAUGCCAGCUCACGCCACCAGCGUGUUCCCCGGGCGUCCGUCCUGGUACACGUGCCCAUCACCAUAGCAGCACACGGCGUGUUGGGUGGGAGCCUGGGCUGGGCGGUAGCAGCCAAGGCUGGCGGCCUAGAUCUACAGGACCAGGACUCCUUUCCCUUGCCGCAGCCCCCUCUGGGGCCUGCCCAUCCCCCAGCGUGCCAGGGAAGGAGCGGUUCCCUGAGAAAUCCUGGGUAGGAGCCAGGGGCUGGGGGCCUCAGCUGGACCUCACUGGGGGGACAGGAGGCCAGGGACCUGGCCCACCCUUGCACGUUGGGAGCAUCAGAGAGCCGGAGGGAUCUCUGCCUUCUAGGUCCUGCUCCAGACAGCAAGGUCAGUCUGGCUGUGUCCGUCUGGACCUGGCCACUCCCUGACGUGGGGGUGCAGGGGAGCCACUCACCCAGGCGGCCUCUCUGUGCCUGGGAGAGCAAGUCAUGCAUGUUGAAGUGGACACGUCAGGCACCCUGACCCCUGUCCUCAGGCCCUGUCCAGGGGUGGCAGACGAAAGCCCAAGGCAAUGCACACUCACCGGACAUACACCCCAUCCCCCAGGAGGGCAGGAUCAGAGGUGACCUCAGAUGCCUCCGAGGGGACUCUGGACAGGCCGCAGGCAUUGUGUGCCCAACGUGGGUGGCUGUGUGGAUCCCUCUGGCAGGGGCAUGUGUGUCCUUGAGGACACGGCCGAGGACACAGCAACCACAGGCUCUUACAGGUAGUCCCUGACCCGGAUUCCCUUGUGCUAUGCACAACAUGAUCUCCCUGCUGGGCAGCGGUGGAUGGACUCUAAGGCUGGGAUCCAGGGAAGCAUCUCCAGGGCCAGGGCUGGCCCAGCCACUGACCGUGGCUCCCUCUGUCCCACACCAUCUGUGUGCACCUUUGCACGCACGCCCCCCAGCAUGCACACUGCCUCACCUCCCUGCAGAGGCUCAUCGCAUCACACCGAACGUUCCCAGUACCUACUGUGCUCUGGAGCCUUAUAGGGGAUCGAGAGAGGAACCGUGACCCCUAGCAGGCAUCUGGACUUGGGGCCUGGGUCCUGGAGGGUUGUGGAGGGCCAUGAAUGCAAACCACCUCCCUGAAGCCUGGGCUGGGAGCCCACCUCUAAGCGUCCCCCUUGGGGUCUGAGGUCCCCCCUUAGCUCACACCGUGAGUCAGUGCCAGGCAGCCCCACGCCAUGCCCACCUGGGACUGCAGGGCCCCAGGGACCGAGAGGCCACAGCCACUUCUGGCUCUGCCACCAAGCGGCUGCCUGGAACCCACUUAGCGCCUGGCAGCUGGGCUUCCUCCCACUGGGCACGUGACGUCCAUGAGCGCCCUGCCAGCGCCAGGCAGCGUCAAUGAGGCCUUCGUGCCGAUCGGGCACUCCGGGCUCCUUUGGAGCCUAGCUGCAAGCUGGUGGGACCAUGGGCACAGCUGCCCCCAGGCCCCCUGAGCCCUGACGAACUGACCAAUACCAUUGAACACCUGCUCUGUGGGUGUCCCUACAAGCCUGGGGGUGACACAGAGGGAGACGCAGCGAGAAACAGGUGUGGACAGCCUCAGGGCGUGCACCCCGAGACCAGGGACAUCUGCCUGGCAUCGAGGCAAGGCCUGGGCAUGCUCCGUGGGGAGGGGGUACUCCCUGGACCAUCUCUCCCCACCGGCGAGCACCUGGUACGCAGCACAGCCAGGCCCAUGGUUGGUGCCCCAUCAGCGAAUGGGGGUCGCAGAGGUGGACAGUGCUAGACCAGCCCCCAGACCAUCUCGCAGCAUGCACAGCGCUGCUGGGGGCACGGGGGCCCAGGCGUGUCUCCCAGCAUCCCACCCUGGUCCUCGGUGCCGCCAGGCACUGAAGCUGCUGCCCGGGCUUGAGAGGAUGCUGGAAGGACGCCCGAGCCCGUCUGGCCUGCCCGCCCCCCGGCCCCCACCCUCGGCUGGACCCUCACAGCACUGGGCCCCAUCAUGGCCCCCAGAGGGUCAGAGCAGUGAGCCUGUGGCAUCAAGGCCCCACAAGGCUGUGGCUGGAAAUGCCUGCGGCCCCAGGCCCGUUCUCCCAGGUAGGCCUGAGGGUCACACACUGCGAUGAGGAAGAGGAUACCGAGGCUGGCCCGGGCCCAGGUCGGGCAGCUCUAGUUUCACUACUUGGCUCCCCGCCCCUGAGGCAGGUGCAGGAGACAGACAGGCAGGGUGCGGCUGGGCUGGCCCCUGCGGGUCCCCGUGGAUGUGGCCCCCUGGGCUCAGGGAGGAGGGAGCGCAGCCAGGUGGUCCCGGUGGCUGCGGCUGGAGGUGCUGGGUCGGUGGGAGUGGGAUGGGCUAGGGGGCAGCUCCUAGCCUCUCCUAGCCUGCUGGCCACACCGCUUCUGCUGAGAGGGCUUUGUCCCCCCACACGCACCUGGGACCAGGCCCCAUAAAGACGCCACAAGUCAGGCGAGUUACCCCAGCCACAGGAGAAACAGUUAGGGGUCCCCAGGCCCCCGCAGCAAGGCUGGCUUCACCACAGCUCACGCAGGGAAAGGGGAGCAGCCUCGUGGGCUCCUUGAGGUACUUAAGGCACAGGGGUCAGCCGAGGCCUGGUCCUCUGACCCUGGGUCCGACCUCCCGCCGGCUUCAGGACGGCCCCUGCUCCGUGCUCACACUCCACGGACCAGGGACCCCUCCCGGCCCCGCACAGCCAGGCCGCCUGGCCCGACGUGAGCGAGCGUGACCCUGGCUGGGGCCUGGAUGCCAGGAUGGGGGCACCAGGGCACACGUGGCCACUCCUUGGCCCCACGUCCCCUGGGUGCCACCUUCCCCACCCUGGCCACCCUGGGGCAGGUGCAGGUCCUGGGCUGCCGGCUGCAGCCCGGGGAUGGCUGAGGGGGACAGCGCGGGAUUCCAGCUCCAGGCUGCCGGAGUUGGGGGGCCUUGCUGGGCUCCUGGCACCAGGAAUCAGAGAAGCAGUAACUGGAUCUGGCGGGGGAUCUGGCGGCCGCUGGGGCGGAGGGCUGCGAUCGGGUUGCGGCCUCGCUGAGUUUUCCACCAGGCAGCUUUCUUGACGUCGGGAAGGAGCUGGCCGGGUGAGUCCGUGCACUGGGUCUGGGGGCCCUGGCGUGGGGCACAACGAGGAGAAAGCCUGAGUGGCGCAGGGGCCGGGAGGCGGGGCACAGGGCCGGGCAGCCCCAGUGAGGACAGGGAGGUGGUCAGGCCUCGGCGGGCGGAGCUCUCCACCCCUGCCGGCUCUGGGGCUCCGGCCGCUGGAGCAGUCCGCGAGUGGCUGAAAUCCAAGCUGGGGUAACAAAAGGCAGAAGCCGUCCCUAAGCCGUCGCAGCUCUGAUCCGUCCCCCGCCCGCCCUCUGCCACCCGCGGGCUCGCAGCCACUGGCCAGAGGGCGGCGGGUCCAUGCCGCCGGCCAGGCCACGGGGGGACCUCGGGGGCCGUGAGCACGCGGAGAGCGCCUCGCAGGCCCCUCGCGGGGCGCUGGGCUGGCCCUCAAGAUGCCCACCAACGGCCUGCACCAGGAGCUGAAGGUCCAGUUCGGCCUUGUCAACGACACCGGCCGCUACCUGACGGCCGAGAACUUCGGCUUCAAGGUCAAUGCCUCGGCCCCCAGCCUCAAGAGGAAGCAGACGUGGGUGCUAGAGCCCGACCCGGGGCAGGGCUGCGCCGUGCUCUUCCGCAGCAGCCACCUGGGCCGCUACCUGUCCGCCGAGGAGGACGGGCGCGUGGCCUGUGAGGCCGAGCGGCCGGGCCGCGACUGCCGCUUCCUGGUGCUUCCGCAGCCCGAUGGGCGCUGGGCGCUGCGGUCGGAGCCGCACGGCCGCUUCUUUGGUGGCACCGAGGACCAGCUGUCCUGCUUCGCCACAGCCAUCUCCGCGGCCGAGCUCUGGACCGUGCACCUGGCCAUCCACCCGCAGGCGCACCUGCUGAGUGUCAGCCGCCGGCGCUACGUGCACCUGUGCGCGCAGGAGGACGAGAUGGCGGCCGACAGCGACCGGCCCUGGGGCGUGGACGCGCUCAUCACGCUCAUCUUCCGGAGCCGGCAGUACUGCCUGCGGUCCUGCGACAGCCGCUACCUGCGCAGCGACGGCCGCCUGGUGUGGGAGCCCGAGCCGCAGGCCCGCUACACGCUUGAGUUCAAGGCCGGCAAGCUGGCCUUCAAGGACACCGACGGCCACUACCUGGCGCCCGUGGGGCCGGCGGGCACACUCAGGGCGGGUCGCAGCACGCGGCCGGGCAAGGACGAGCUCUUCGACCUGGAGGAGAGUCACCCACAGGUGGUGCUGGUGGCCGCCAACCACCGCUACGUGUCUGUACGGCAAGGGGUCAACGUCUCAGCCAACCAGGACGAGGAGCUGCAUCAUGAGACCUUCCUGAUGCAAAUUGACCAGGAGACGAAGAAGUGCACCUUCUAUUCCAGCACCGGGGGCUACUGGACCCUUGUCACCCACGGGGGCAUCCACGCCACAGCCACACAGGUUUCUGCAAACACCAUGUUUGAGGUGGAGUGGCGUGGCCGGCGGGUGGCCCUCAAGGCCAGUAAUGGCCGUUAUGUGUGCAUGAAGAAGAACGGACAGCUGGCAGCCAUCAGCGAUUUUGUGGGCGAGGACGAGGAGUUCAUUCUCAAGCUCAUCAACCGGCCCAUCCUCGUGCUGCGGGGCCUGGACGGCUUCGUCUGCCACCGCCGGGGCUCCAACCAGCUGGACACCAACCGCUCGGUCUACGACGUCUUCCACCUGAGCUUCAGCGACGGCGCCUACCAGAUCCGAGGCCGCGGCGGCGGGUUCUGGUACACCGGCAGCCACGGCAGCGUGUACAGCGACGGCGAGCGCCCCGAGGACUUCCUCUUCGAGUUCCGCGAGCGCGGCCGCCUGGCCAUCCGCGCCCGGGGCGGCAAGUACCUGCGCGGGGGCGCCUCGGGGCUGCUGCGCGCGGACGCGGACGCGCCGGCCGGGGUCGCGCUCUGGGAGUACUGAGCGGGCGGCCCGACCCCCCCAUUAAACCGUGU